AAUUUUCAGGAAUUUGACAGUGAAGGAAACGGCAUUAUGCAGCCAAGGGACUUGAAGAAAGUCUUGUUCAGAUUUGGCAUUCCAAUCACCCCGGAAGAAUUUAAGCAGCUUUGGGCAAGGUAUGAUACAGAUGCAAAAGGAUAUCUUACUCACCAAGAAUUUUUACAGAAACUGGGGAUAGAGUUUGCACCCGCUGACACAGGGCUCAGCAGACACAUCAUGGGAGACAGCUCUGCACAUUUGCAAGCACAUUAUAAUAAUCAACAAAAGAAGCAUUCAAAGCUGGAAGAGCAGCAGAAACAGCAAUCUAAAGCUCUGCAUGUAAGAGAAAUUAAAAAGCAGAUCAAGGAUAAAUUUAGGGAUUACUUCCAAGAUUUCAGUAAGCUCUUUCAUAAAGUGGAUAAAAAUAGAGAUGGCUAUGUAACAGUAUGUGACCUGCACAGGAUACUACAAGAAUUCAACUAUUACCUUGAUCAUGACCAGUUCAGUAGUCUUCUAAACAGCUUAGGAAUCAGCAUUCAUGACAGCAAGCUCUCUUAUUUUGAUUUCCUGAGAGCAAUUGAUGAUGGCAGAGCAUCUAAAUACCAACAGAGACAAAAGCAGGCUGCACCACCUGCAAGCUUUGCAGCACUCAGCUUAGAACAGACCCUAAUUAAGAUAAAAGAAAUAGUUGCAUCGUCUUAUGAUUUACUGUACAAGGCAUUUUCUCUAUUUGAUAAAGAUGACACUGGAGUGAUUAAAGCACUGGAAUUUCAACAAGUACUUGACCAUUUCUGCUUUAAAUUAUCAGACAAGCAGUUCAGGCACCUUCUCAAGAACCUUAACCUUUGUGAGGACUUCACAGUAGACUGGAAAGUUUUCCUGAAAAACAUAGAUGACCUCAUAGAGACUGAGGAAGGGCAAAAAGUCAUUCCGCCUAAAUCUUCUUGGGAACUGUCAGAGAGAAGCAUCCUCUCACAGAUACAAGAAGGAGUGACUGCUGGCUUUAACACAAUUGCACAAGAGUUUAAAGAUAUUGACUCUUCAAAAGAUAAUACUAUAUCAAAAGAGGAGUUCUGGGAUAUAUGUAACCAACAUUUUCAGCGGCUGACUGAAGAACAAUCUGACAAUCUUUGGAACACAAUGGAUGUCAGUGCUAGUGGACGGUUGAAGUAUCAGGACGUUUUGAAGAGGCUGAAAACACCACCUGUGGAACUCGGUGAAGGUAUUCUAUUCAUUGCCAAUGAAAUCAGGCACAACCACCAUUCAAAUGAGAUACCAGCAUCCAGACAUCCUCGGACAACAGCAACUUGUUCUGCACCUGUCCUUAACUGUGAAACAAUAGAAAAUAAGAUAAGAAAGAACAUCCAACAUACAUGGAGAGGCAUACUAAAAGCGUGCAAAGAGAAGGAUGUCGGCAAGCUAGGAGAAAUCCCAGUGUCAGACUUCCUAGAUAUAGCAGAGAAGUUCAAUUCGGAUUUAAGUGAAGGGGAAAUUAACCAAAUAACAACAAAAUAUGAUUUAAAGAAAAAUAGAAGAUUUGCAUACUAUGACUUCCUUCAGAACUGUAUCUUGUUGUUAAAACCACAGGAAAGCUCACUGCUACAGAGGGUAAUUAUACAGAAGCCACAAAACCUGAUGAGUCCUGGACCACAAACCCCGUUGUUCUUCAGCACGAUGCUGAGGAUUCAGCCCCGGAUCUUGCACUGCUGGAGACCAAUGAAGCAAACUUUUAAAUCCUAUGAUGAGAGUCAUACUGGAUUGUUAGAUAUUGCAGAUUUCAGACAAGUCCUUCAUGAGUACAGCAUCAACCUAACUGAAGAGGAGUUAUUCAACGUUUUGGAAUAUUAUGAUAAAACUUUGUCUUCAAAAAUAUCCUAUAAUGAUUUUCUCUGGGCAUUCAUACAGUAG